AUGAACAUCCCCGAGGAUUAUGAUCCAACAGGAGUCCAACACUAUGAUAUUCCAUCAUUCCUCUUCAACACCGGUCGCAGGCUUCCUGUACGCAUUGCUUAUCGUUCUUUCAACUCGGCACUUCGAAGAGUGGUCUGCAUCCCGACACCUGAGCAUAGCCACAUCAACACCACUUACAACUAUACAUUAAAUGCACUAAGAGAUUACCAUGUGAUUGUCGUUGCGACUCUCGGCAAUGGCGAGUCAUCGAGUCCAUCCAACACCCUCGACUUUCCACAGCCAGUCUACCAGGACUGCGUGAGCGCAUCUUACGAACUCCUUACCAAGCACUUUAACAUCCAAGAUCUUGAAGCUGUCGUAGGGUAUGGCAUGGGCGGCCAGCAAGCUUACUAUUGGAUGUGUAUGCGUCCUGGGUUUGUCAAGAGCGCUGUGGUGAUUUGUGGUUCAGCGCGGACAAGUCCUUUUAAUCAUAUGUUACUUGACGGCAUCGCCGCUACGAUGGGCGGCAGUGCCGUCGAUACAAUGGACAAAGCUGGGCUGAACGGAACGGGACCACAUGGCUAUGGGAAGGUGACUUGUGCUUGGUCGACUAGUUCAGCGUGGUUCAAGGACGAGUCAUUCAGAACCAUACUAGGACAUGAAACGCUUCCCGAGUUCAUCGAAGAGUAUAACAAUGCGUUUAGGGACUGGAAUGCCGCGGAUCUCCUAGCUCUGGUGAGAAUGUGGCAGCUUGGAGAUGUGGGUGCGUUGAGAGACGAUGGGAGUUAUUUGAAGGCUCUGGAGGAUAUUACGGGAAGGGUCUUGGUGAUAGCCUCGAGAACGGAUUCCUAUUUUUCGCCUGAGGACUCUGCGAUCGAAUUGAAGCAUCUCAAAUUCGGGAAACUUGAGAUACUGGAAACGAUUUGGGGUCAUGCAGCCGGUAGUGGUGUCUGUGAAGAAGACAUGGAACGGAUUUGCAAGAUGAUUGCUGCAUUUCUGGGGGAAAAGUAA